GGGUUUUUUCCUUGUUGCCCAACAUUCCUCCCAAAAAAUUUUUUUUCCACAAUUCUUACGGUAGAUUUUUAUUUAUUGAUACUAUUUUUUUCCCUUGCGGUUGGUUCCCAGCGAUAUAUCCAAUUACAUAAAUCCUACAAAUGCCGGUGUGUACAUCCUGCCAUCAAACUAAACAAGACGAGGCUUUUUUCCACAAAAAUAAAAAGUGGAAGACAUGCCAAAGUUGUAUCGAACAAAGGGCUCUCAAGAAACAAAAGACAAAAAGAAAACGCGAUGACGACACUGUCGACGGAGACUCUUUACGAGUUUCUCUUAAAACCGUAGGUCUUAUGGAUCUAGCGGCCCUCGUCUCUGCUGAAAUGCGAGCGUUACUUAGUAACCCACAGCCGACCGUUCCUGACGGAACUCAAAUUUGUUCUUUGAAUCUUCGAGUAGCCCUCAAUCUCUCUAAUGUUAUUACUGGUAACGAACACCCUAAAGACGUUGCCCGUUGGAUUGUGGAAGAAAUAGAAAGAGCUGACGAAUAUAACUGGACCUAUAAUUGUAUGAAUACCUCAAUGCGUCACAAGGAUGUUGCAAAGUUUUAUUACGUUUGCAGCCAGUCCGUUGUCGCCAUGAAGGAAUACAAGGAAGGUUCAAAUAGGAAACGAAUGGAGAGAUUUCCUUGUCAAGGGAAAAUGCAAAUGAAGAUUGAUAUGCCUGCAUCUGAAGCAAUGUUGGAAAUUCAUCACGGUCUUCUUCAUAAUAGACCAGUUUCUAAUUCUGACAUUAGCGAUGAAUGCAGGAAGGAAAUCGAAGAAAACACUCAUUUGAAUCCUAUUCAACUACGCCAAUUACUGAGAAGCAAAGGCAUUAUGAAAAAUUAUACUCCUCGACAAAUUCAUUCAUAUUGGGAAAAAUGUGCUAUCAAUAAACACCCAGAUCUUUUUCGUCAGUACUCCGUUAUUCCUGUUAAUACUCCUAAUAUUCCUGGAAUUACAUCUACAAGCACACCGACACAAGACCGCAACUCUAAUACUUCUUUUACCAUUUUACCUUAUGGGGCUACCGGUUUACAAACUUCUAUUGUAAAUAAUCCUCCUCCACAAAAUCCUAUGCAGAAGGGUGUAGUCGAUCAAAUUCAAAAAUUUGGCAACCAAUCAUUUAAUCACGAUGAAUUUGUAGAAUAUGUCACUAAAAUGGAGCAAUUUGCAAAGAGAGUUAGAAAUCAAUUGGAUCGACGGAAUUAUCUCUGGUUGGAUACUGUAAAAAUAUUGACUGCUGGUGUAAUUGAAAUGGAGAAUGACAUAGAGGAAUUGGAGAGACAACGAGCUAGUGAAAGAGCUACCAAACCAUGGACAAUUCAUUAUAAAUAAUAGUAUUUGGAAACCAACUUUUUUUUAUUUUUCUCUCUUCUUUGCAUAUUGAAUAUUUUUAUGAUUUUUGUAUCAAAGUUUUUUCUAACAGGAUUAAAUUACAUAGCUUAUACUGAAAAGAAAGGGUGAUUUAUUUAUAUGUAAUACGUUUCACAUGUUCGUGGGUUUCCAAAAGUUGGUUUUUUGAAAUAUAAUAUUAUAACAACACCUUAAGUUCGAAAAUUAUUUUCUUUGAACAUAUUUUUAUUACUAAAAGCUAAGAUUUAUUCCUACCCUUUACUUUUCAAUUAAAUUAAUAAUAAGAAUUAAGAAUUUAUAGUAUUUACGAAAGUACUCUCACUACUGCUUUUGCUCUAUUUAAUUUGAUUUGUUCCUUUCUUUUUUCAUUGUCAUCUUUUUGAUCUGUUGUUU